AUGAUCAUCCACCCCCCUGCAGUUUCAGAAGCUGCAGCCGUAUGGGUUCCUCCCAAAGCAGGCCAAACCUAUGGCAUAGGAGUUGUCAUUAGGAAUGAACCGGGGGUGUUUAUGGCUGGCCUCUCAAAGAAAAUGGAUGCAACUUGGGCAGAUCAAGGAACUCAAGCAGCUGGUUUGUAUGGAAUGAGUGAAGCCAUUCUCAUUUCACAGCAACAGGAGAUUGAUGAGAUAAUCAUUGAAGGAGACUUACCCAAUGUUUUGAAGAUAUUCAAAGAAUCCAGAGACGUGACUUCUUCUACGGGUCUCAGAGUUACUGAUAUGGCAAACGAAUUACGGAAAUUCUGUUCUUAUGAAGUGGCGAUCGUCAAUAGACAGGGCAAUAGGGUAGCAACUAGAUUAGCUCAACAUGCCAAUCUCAUUGAUAAUGUAUUUGUCUGGCAGGGGCAGGCACCUGAGUUUAUUAUGCCGCUUCUUAUUUCCGACAUUCGAUUAUAA